ACUUUACUUUCUUGACCUUUCUCACAGAUUAUCACUGUUUUCUUUCCUUUCAAUUUCAUAUUUUCCAUGUAAAAGUGAGCUGGGUCUUAAAUAACACCACUUUGAUGUUGUUUCUGUUACAGAAAGUGGUUUUAAAGAUGGACUUACAUGAUGACAAGAUCAAACGAAAAGUUAUGAAGACAGCAUCAGGCAUUUCAGGGGUUGAUUCAAUUUCUGUUGACUUGAAAGACAUGAAGUUGGUGCUAUUGGGUGAGAUUGAUCCAGUGAGUGCAGUGUCGAAGCUACGAAAAUGGUGUCACACAGAAUUAGUUUCGGUUGGACCAGCAAAAGAGGAGAAAGAAAAGGAGGAGCCACCAAAAGUACCUGUUCCUGUCUAUGAACCCUACCCCUUCUAUUAUUAUCCUUAUCAUAUGACACCACCAUUGUAUUCUUAAAAUUUGCUUUUAACUAUGUUACAAGUUUUGGAGGGAAUCCUAUGUAUAAAGUGGUUGUGUUACUUCUGCCAACCAGGUGUGUGAAAAAGUAAUAUCCCCUUUUUGUGCUCGACACAUGUCCAUUAA